CACUACAAUGCGCGCCCUUUGAAAAUAUCGAGUUGAGAGUAUGCUUUCAAUGCGACCAUUUCGCUCACUUCUUAUUGGAUUUUCGAAGAAGUCGGACGUUUUAUGAAUCGGAAGUCAGUAUUCGCAAAAUAUACUGUUGUUAGGUGGCGCGUUGCGACAAUAAAGUGUUUAUAGGUGCGUACAUGUGUAUGCAUGUGAAAAGAUUUAUGUCAGCUGUAAUUAGGCGCGAAACCCAUACUUUGCUUCGUUAUUUCUCUACAAUUUAUUUAUAUAAACAUUCAUAAACACGAUGGAGCCCAGUUUUGAUGGUUGGGACUUUGCCGUACUGAUUACUGUGCUGUCGAUUUCGACUUCGAUUGGCAUUUACUAUCGCUAUACGGGCGGAAAGCAGAAAACAAUCAAGGAAUACCUCCUGGCCGACCAGAGUAUGUCCACAUUUCCGGUUGCUGUGAGCUUGAUGGCGAGUUUUAUGUCCUCCAUCUCAUUACUCGGUAUAUCCAAUGAGAGUUAUCAAUUUGGCACCAUGUUUUGUAUAAUCAAUUUGUCGUACAUCAUAAGCACACCGAUUAUAGCGUAUUUAUUCCUACCGGUGUUCUAUCGCAUGCGCACCAUGAGCGUUUAUGAAUACUUGGAACGUCGUUUUGGUCACUCAACACGUCUCGCCGCUUCGAUUGCCUACUCCAUACAGAUGAUACUUUACACGGGUAUUGUACUUUAUGCGCCAGCGUUAGCACUCGAAGCUGUUACCGGUGUGAGCAAGGUUACCGCGAUAUUAGCUAUUGGCUUAAUUUGCACCUUCUACUCGACCAUUGGUGGACUAAAAGCUGUGCUGAUAACCGAUGUCUUUCAAUCGCUCCUAAUGUUCGCUGCCAUUUACGCAGUAAUCGUCGUAUCGGCCAUCAAAGCUGGUGGUUUGGCGCCGAUUUGGCAGGUAGCCGAGGAGCGUAAUCGUAUAUAUUUCACGGACUUUUCUCUGGAUCCCACUGUGCGACAUAGUUGGUUGAGUCUCAUUAUUGGUGGCAUGGUGAUAUAUAUGUCAGUAAAUGCUGUUAAUCAGGUGCAAGUGCAACGUUUAUUGAGUGUACGUAAUUUGAAGAGCGCCCAGGCGGCAAUAUGGUGGAAUGUACCUAUUCUGAGCGCACUAAGCCUGAGCACAUUAUUCAGUGGUUUAGCGAUAUUUCACUAUUAUAAAGAUUGUGAUCCCCUGCUGGAGGGUAGAAUACAAUCUAGAGAUCAAUUGAUGCCUUUGUUUGCGGUGGAUACAAUGGGUCAAUAUCCUGGUUUAUGUGGCCUCUUCGUAUCAGGCAUAUUUUCCGCCAGUCUCUCAAGCGUUUCAUCAGCGGUCAGCUCACUAUCGACUGUAACACUAGAGGACUACAUCAAACCAUUGUAUAAACACUUUACGAAAAGACCGUUACAAGAAACAGAAUCAACAUUGCCGAGUAAAAUUAUGGCCUGCAUUUAUGGAAUGGUCUGCAUCGGUAUGGCUUUCACGGCCAGUUCUAUGGGUGGUGUUCUACAGGCAUCUCUAACCAUUUUCGGCGUAGUCGGUGGACCAUUGUUGGCCCUCUUCACACUCGGUUUAUUUACGACGCGUGCGAAUCAACGUGGCGUACUUUUGGGUCUACUAAUCGGUUUGAUAUUCUCCUUCAUUAUCGGUUUCGGUGGUCCGAAACAACCGCCAACCACGUUAGAUUUUAAAGAUGAUGGUUGCCCAGCUGCUGGUAAUAUGACUUUGGUCGCCGAGUCCCUUACACAGGCGUUCAAUAUGACAACCGCGCAACCAACAACAGCGUCGCCGCCAAUUGCAUAUAACUGGUUCUAUAGACUGUCUUAUAUGUGGUAUUGCGUAAUCGGUUUUUUGAUUACACUAAUUGGUGGUUAUGUUUUAAGUUUGCUAUUGGAGGCUCUAAAAUGGGCUGACAAUAAGCAAAUCUAUCUUGAUCAUCAACAAAUCGAUGUAGACUUAUUCGUACCACCGUUGGCGCGAAGAUUAAGACGGCACGACGCUGAGGAAUUGACAAAGUUCCAAGGUGCCUAGGAAAAAGUGUGUUUUGAAGUUCAGUUUUAUGUUGAAUAUGUUACUCAAUUAAUUAUAAUAUCUCUAUUUUAAUUUAAUUAUUUAAUUGACUUGUAAAUUUCGAACUUUCUUCUUUGCAUUUAUUUUUAAGCAAGUGGAGCUAAACUAACUCUUAGCUCAAGUCAUAGUAAUUCUAUAGGUUUAUGUUUACUGCAAAAAUACUUAAUAGCCGCUAAGGCUAAAAUAUUUACUUUUUACUUAAUAAAAUAAUCUAGUUUAAUUGUCAAUUUUAA